UGUGUGUUUAGGCGUUGCCACACAGUCAGCAACAUAACACAGUAACAAUUUUCGUUAUCAAGCUGAUAUUUUGUUUGAAAUCGUGUUUUCAAAGCAAUUAUUUUGAAAUUGCAUAAAAUCUUCAAUUGUCUUUCAUUCAUUGGAAUAGCAUGAAUAUGGAUAUUAAACGCGCAUCACAUAAAACGGGCUUGGGAGAUGGUCCGGAAGCAAAGCGCGCCAUGGAAGAGCAACAACAACAAGAAGAUCAGGAGCAGGAUAAGGAAACAAAUUAUAUGCAGCUACACGCAGACUGUGAUAGCCUCCACGCUGAUCGGGGCAGCGUCACCCUGUCGCCCAGCAACCAUGUAGCGCCUUUCACCGGCAAUGGCUGUGAGCCUUCACUGGAAUCUUUUAUGUUUCACCAGACGCCUGCAGGCAGUCAGCUGUGCUCAUGGAUGUCGAACGCCGACUCAAGAACUUUGGGCAACGAUUCUGUACCACCAUCAGAAGUUGAUAAAGAUAGUAAAACAGUGGAAAAGUCUGCCAAACUUAAUCGCAAGGAACAAUCAGAGAUGCGUCGUCAGAAUGCGCUGCGUGCAUUGGCCUUAGAGCGUGAGCUGUCCACGAAAGUACCACAGACACCAACAUUGAUCAUACGCUUUCCGGAUCCCAAGAUAAAUGUCGCCAUAGUCAGUGAAUUCUCACAAUCUAUACGGGAUGUAGUCUUCCCGACGAAUGUGGCAGAACGCUAUUGUCUGGUGCAUCUAAAACCAGGCGCGAACAUCGAACAGGCAAUAAAGGAGAUAAAUCGUAUACGUUUUGGCAAUGGACAUUUGCAUGCUGAGGUUAAGACUUUUACCGAUGCGGAGCAGGCCGACUGCAUUGAUCCUUGCUCGCUAUAUGUGAGCAAUAUACCCUUCAAUAUGAAUGCCGCUGAUAUUAAAGCAUUUGUGAAUUCAACGCGCGUGGACAUUGGCGUCAUGAAACGCCAAAAACGCGCACGCUUCGCAUUUGUACGCUAUUCCAGCGCUGAGACGGCAAUGGAGGCAUUCAAGGAUCUAGUGCGCCGCACUGUCAACAAUCGUGUCCUCACCGUGCGCUAUAGACGCCAACGCAAGCGCCUGCCACAAGUAGCGCCUUCUUCGCUGUGCGGCGCCUCCAAUUUGACCAUCAACACAAUUCCUUCAGAUGAUGAGACAGCUGAAUGCCGCGUUAUAUCACCGCCACCUGUGGAAUCGAUUACCAUUAUUGACAGCGAUGACAAUGGCUCCGAUUCGAGCCAAAGUAGGAGUCCGCAGGCUAAGAAAAAGCGUGAAACCAAAUUAAGCGCCAGUGAUAAAGAGAUUGAAAAGCUGAAAAUGAAAAUGGCUCAACACGAAGCGAUCAUAAAGAGUUUACAGAUGAGACAGAACAGCGUAGUCAAUACCGCGAUUAAAGUGGAACCACAAUCGGAACGAACCACAGACUUGUCCUCAUUGAUGCAACACUCCCUUUCCCCCUGUUCCAGCUACGAUAUCAAAAUGGAAAAUGAAUAUUUAGGCAUUGCUCAGAGCACGCCAGAUCCGGAACACGAAUCAAUGCCCGAGGCCGACAAUCAAUUGUCUCCACCCUAUAGGCCAACUACUUGCGCAAUUGACGGCAGCGAGGAUCCAAUCAAGUCAUCCAAUUGUUUUGGCUGGUUGAUUACAGGUCUCGGACGCCGCAAAAGUACAAAAUCUGUAACGCACUCGAUAAAUAUAAAUUCAGGAAAUCAGGGUCCAAAGGACGCCAAUUUGGAAGGGCUUUAUGCGCAGCUUGAGAAAGAUUUGGAUACAUAAGAAUAGGACAUAGGACAUUUGUAUAAGCAAAGUGUUGUUCCUCAAAAUUGUGCGUAUGAAGCUACAAAGGUGUAAAUUUCUUUUUUACAUUUAGUAUUUAUUUUUAUUUAAUGUUUUUCGAUCACUUUUAGAGUACAAUUUUAUAAAAUUGUUACAAUAAUAAUACGUAAAUUAAAUACAAUAAUAAUAAUAUUUCGGUUUUAAAUAUUAAACCCGAACAAAUAUCGCUUUAAGAACUUACAAUCUUACAUACACUUAGACUUAUAUAAUAAUCAAAUGUAUUUUAAUGAUCAAUUUUUUUGUAGUCUUAAUAUUCUAAAUUUUUUAAAAAACAUCUAUAGUUCGUAUUGUAAGUGGCACUAACUAAACAGUUUCCAAUUCGCUCUUUUAGUCAGUGUAAGAACUCGAACUAAACUAAAUUACAUUUUAAUUGCUUAAUCGUUUUUUUUCCGUUUUACAUAUUGUUUUUAUGGCUCGUAAUAGUUAAUAUCGCAAAUUGUCAUAUUUAACAUGUUCUGUUUUUUAAUUUCAUAACAUACUUGAAGUUUCGGUUAUGAUAUGAUUCCUGAUUUCUGAUAUCAUGUUCAUGUUCAGUAUUGUUGUUUUUUUUGUAUUAUUUUUUUCUCAGUUUCUUUUAUGGAAUGUUAAAAACUAUUUUAAGUUUAACUAUACUUAAUGCUGAGUUUUUGUUUGUAUUUACACAACAACGAAUUUAAGGCACCUGUUUCACAUGAUAUUUGUAAGGACUUCAUUCUUUUCAUUAUCGUUAAAAUUAUUUAUCAUUAUUCGAAUACACAAAUCCAAUAUGUUGGUAGCCCACAAAUUAAGCAACGUGCGGUAAAAUUUUACAAACUUUACUUGGGUUGUUUUUAUUGCCCUGUGAGUUUUGAGUUCUCAAUGC